AUGGCCUUUCAGACUCUGCUGCGGGCGAAAGCUCCCGCAGCUCUUGCUCGGAGCUGUCGAGCACCAUCGACUCAAUAUGCGCAGGAUGGCGCUGACAAGAACACCAGUCGUCUUCUUAGCACAUCCCGUCCCCUUCGAGCCGAAGAUAGCGACCUCAACAAGGUCUCAAAAUUCAUCACACAGCCCAAGUCGCAGGGUGCCUCGCAGGCCAUGCUGUACGCCACCGGUCUCGAUGAUGCCGACAUGAAGAAGGCACAGGUCGGUAUCUCGUCCGUCUGGUACGAGGGCAACCCUUGCAACAUGCACUUGAUGGAUUUGUCGGCUGUCGUAAAAGAGUCUGUGAAAAAGGCUGGUCUGAUCCCUUACCGGUUCAACACCAUUGGUGUCUCUGAUGGUAUUUCCAUGGGUACGACUGGUAUGCGAUACUCCCUGCAGAGCAGAGAGAUUAUCGCCGACAGUAUCGAGACUGUCAUGGGCGGUCAAUGGUACGAUGCCAACAUCUCUCUUCCUGGCUGUGACAAGAACAUGCCCGGUGUUUUGAUCGCCAUGGGCCGUGUCAACAGACCCAGUAUCAUGGUCUACGGUGGAACAAUUGCUCCAGGAUGCAGCAAGGCCGGCGCUGAGAUUGACCUGGUCAAUGCCUUCCAGGCCUACGGACAGUACAUUACCGGCGAGAUCACCGAGGACCAGCGCUACGACAUUAUCCGCAACGCCUGCCCAGGUCAAGGUGCCUGCGGUGGUAUGUACACUGCCAACACAAUGGCUACCGCUAUCGAGACCAUGGGUAUGACUCUGCCCGCCAGCAGUAGUAUUCCUGCUGCUCAUGCGGACAAGGUCAAGGAGUGUGAGAGUGUCGGCGAGGCCAUCAAGAAUAUUAUGAGGGAAGACAUCCGACCCCGUGACGUUCUCACAAGGCAAGCCUUUGAGAACGCCAUGGUUGUUGUCAACAUCCUGGGUGGUAGCACCAACGCCGUGCUGCACUUGAUCGCCAUUGCCGACUCCGUUGGCAUCAAGCUGACCGUCGAUGACUUCCAGAAGGUUAGCGACCGCACUCCCUUCUUGGCCGAUCUGAAGCCCAGUGGCAAGUACGUCAUGGCCGACAUGAUGGGUAUUGGUGGUACCCCGGCCCUGCUCCGAUUCCUCCUCGAGGAGGGUCUGAUUGACGGCAGCGGCAUCACUGUUACCGGUAAGACCAUGAAGGAGAACGUCGAGGCCUGGCCCCACCGCUUCCCUGAGGACCAGAAGAUCAUCCGCCCCUUCAGCAACCCCAUCAAGCCCACCGGCCACAUCCAGAUCCUCCGCGGCCAGCUGGCUCCUGGCGGUUCCGUCGGUAAGAUUACCGGUAAGGAAGGUCUCGUCUUCAAGGGUAAGGCUCGCGUCUACGACUACGAGGAUGCCUUCAUUGAGUCGCUCGAGCGCGGCGAGAUCAAGAAGGGCGAGAAGACCGUUGUCAUCAUCCGCUACGAAGGUCCCAAGGGUGGACCUGGUAUGCCCGAGAUGUUGAAGCCGUCGUCCGCCAUCAUGGGCGCCGGUCUCGGUCAGGACGUUGCCCUGCUCACCGACGGUCGCUUCUCUGGAGGUUCUCACGGUUUCCUGAUUGGCCAUAUCGUGCCCGAGGCCAUGGCCGGCGGUCCGAUUGCACUGGUGCAGGAUGGCGAUGAGAUCACCAUCGACGCCGAGAAGCGUGUCAUUGACACCACAAUUUCGGAAGAGGAGUUCGCCCGGAGAAAGGCUGCCUGGAAGGCCCCCGAGGCCCGGUACAAGAAGGGUACUCUCACCAAGUAUGCCAAGCUGGUGACGGAUGCCUCGUCCGGCUGUGUGACCGACAAUGCUUAA